AUUUCGUGGAAGAAUUUAUGAUUUAUUAAAUAGUACUGAAACUGUUUGGGAUAAAAAUAAUAUCGAUUCAUUUAUUGCUUUACUCAAUAAUGCUAAAUUGAAUUGGCAGAAAGAUUCUGCGUUGAGAGCACUAGAACUUAUUUCUGAUUCAAAAAAUUUCGAAUUGUUGGAAUUAUUUCCGGAACAACUGGUAAAUAUUUGUGAAGCCAUUAGGAUAGACAUUGAUUUAAAUGAUGAGAAAUUCUGUAAUAUUUGUGCUCAAUGGCUCAAUAACACUUUGAAUUGUAUCGAAAAAGCACGAAAUAAAUCAAAUACAUCAAAUGCAUCCAAACGUGUUGUGGGAAAUUUCGCAUGCACUGCUUUUAGUUAUCUUUCAGUAAUUUAUCAAAUUAUGGUAAAAUAUGGUAUCACGCACGUUCAGCUCUUUAAAACUGCUGAAGAAAUAGUAGAACGUCUUGCAGAUGAUGUAAUAUUUGAUGCUGCUCUUGAUAUUGGAAAUUUUAAACAGCCAGAACUUGUUGAAAUAUUUAGUCAU